AUGGUUCAUGCAUGGCACAAGAUUCGAGAUGAGGCUGGAACGCAUGUGGUUGAGAGAAAGGGAGAAGAGAGCGAGUGGCGCAUGUUCACGAAUUGCAAGAGCAUUGCGGAAAGGAGCAGAAAGACGUGGUUGAACUCAAACGACUUGAGUGAUCCGAGGUGCUUUCAGAAAGAUGUGUGCGUUGGGUUGUUGGAGAGUGAGAGAGCGAGAGAAGAGGUGUUUGUGUCGCACUGUGUGUACUCGAUUGAGACGAUACGUGGUGCUGAUGAUGAGAACGAACGUAAAAUCAUGGUGAUGCUGCGACGGUGUCAUGAGAAUCUGGGCCAUCCUUCGGUGGCUAGGAUGACGAUGCUGCUUAAAGCUGCGCAUGCUAGCGAAAAGGUUCUCAAGUUGGCUAAAGGGCUCACUUGCGAAACAUGUCAAGAACUGAGCAAACCCAAAAGCCACAACGUCUCUAAGGUUCGCCGAGCUGUCGAGUUUAAUCAGCAGUUGUGUGUUGACACUUUCGAGAUGGAUGUGAGAGACAGUAAGUUGCAUUUCCUCAACAUUGUUGAUGAGGGCACUGGUUUCCAAAUGGUUAUCCCCUUAUGGAAAGGCAUGCAAGCCAAGAAAGUGAGAAACUGCUACCGCAAAGGAUGGAAGCGAUGGGCUGGACCUCCUGUGCGUCUGUUUUGCGAUGGAGGCAAGGAGUUCGAAGGUGAGUUUGAGCAUGGAUGUUCGCUUGAUGGUACCUUCUUAGAUGCUUCUGCUGCAUAUUCUCCUUGGCAGAACGGCUUGGUUGAGAAAAGAGGUGACAUCUGGAAGGCAGCAUUUGCCAAGGCUCAGUUGGAAACACGGCCGAGGACUAAGGCUGAGGUGCAGGAGCUUGUUCACUGCGUAACGAAUGCAGUGAACUCUAUGACAAGAAAGGAUGGCUAUGCUCCCAACCAGCAUGUCUUUGGAAAAGAUGUUCGCUUGCCGGGCAUGUUGUCCAGUGACCCCGAUCCUGCUAUCAAUUCCGCUCUUGUGCAAGGUGAAUCCUUGUUUGAACGUCGAAUGGAGAUGCGAAGCUCUGCCAGGCGUGCUUUCCUUGAGGCCGACGGUGAGAUGCGUUUGCGUCGAGCGAUGGAGCACAGGACUAGGCCUGAGAGGGGUCCAUUUUCGGAAGGCGAUUUAGCCUUCUUCUGGAGAAAGAAUCGCUUCGAUCAAAAGCAUCAUUGGCAUGGACCUGGUGUCGUGAUUGGUAAAAGUGGUGGAUCAAAGGUGUGGAUUGCGCGUGGGACUAAGGUCUACCGUUGCUCACCGGAGCAGCUUCGGAAACUUGGACUUAGCCCGGAGCAAGAGUCGAUGGUCCGUCUGUUGCCAGUUGACAUGGUGCGUGUGCGUGAUGAAGUGAGUGCGCGUGGUGCCGGAAAUUACAUUGACCUGAGCAUGUUGUCAACGCCUCCUGAUGUUGAAGAAACUCCUGAUCAAGAUUCUCCUGAUCAAGGGCUUCCGCCUAGUGGAGAAGAUGAUGCAGAGGCAGGAGCGAACGGCGUGAGAGCGAGUGCUGAGAAUCAAGUUGGUGCUGCGAUGGAGUUGGAACCAGAGCCACCGCAAAAUGCUGUAGUACAAGGGAACAGCGGCGAUGAGUCUCCAAAUAAGAGGGCGCGCACGAGUACAUGGCCUGUUCCGACAAGUCUUGUGAGGGCAAUGCGUGCUAACCCCGAGUUGCUUGACACUGGUGUUGUGCGUGCAAGUGAACCUUCUUCUGGUAGUCAGGGCGUGCAGGCACAUCAAGUUCCUGUUCCGGUGACUGUGGAAAGUGAGGAUGACCUUGAGGUGCAUCAAGUUGAAGCGGACCACUGGGUCGUUGAUCAUGGCCGGCGGAAGUUGAUUCGCAUGCAUGUGAUUGAGCGUUCCCAUGACUAUGUGCCGAGUCAGCAUGAGUUGCCAGUGUCGGUUGAGAGCUUGGAAGAUUGUUGCGUGAGCGUUAAGUACUUUCGGCUUGGUAGCAGGAAAACCAAUGAGUACGCAUGGAAAAAUCCGCAUGUGCAACCCAAGUCCGAAGGGCUUUGGACAGGCAAGACCGAGUUUACCCUCAAGCAUGGUUGGUCAUGGAAGGAAAAGGGCCAGCAAACAGAAUGUUUUGAGGCGACCGCCAAAAAGGGUCGUAAAGAGGUGAAUGAGAAGGAGCUGCCUGACGAACGGAAGCAUGGGUUGAGGGCUGCCAAGGUGAAAGAGUGGAAAAAGCAUGUGUCGAGUGGAGCAAUCGUUGUGCACACCGGGAAGGACGCCGAACGCUUGAGAGCCAAAAUCCCUAGGAGCCGGUUCUUAAAGUCUAGAUUUGUUGUGACUGAAUCGGAUCCUGGUGCAUCACCUGAGACGUGCGACUUGAAGGCGCGUUGGUGCAUUCGGGGCUACCUAGAUCCGGACUUGUUAGCGUUGGACACGAGCUCGCCUACGUUGUCAGCUGAAGGUCUAGCUUUGGCGUUGCAAUUGAUGGCUUCCUGCAAGUGGCGUUUGAAGAUCGCUGAUGUUGAAGGUGCCUUUCUCCGUGGAGACAAGUUGGAACCAAGUGGAGGAAAGAUCUACAUCGAGAUGCCGCCAGGAGGAGUUGAUGGCUUGGAGGCCGGUUGUGUGGUGGAAGCAGUGAAAACUGUCUACGGUCUCGCAGAUGCUCCCAAGGCUUGGUGGGUUUGCUUCAGCAAGAGACUGGUUUCCUUAGGACUCAAGGUGUCUCGCUUUGACCCGUGUGUGUUCUUGUUUCACGAUGAGAACAAGCUGGCGGGAAUCGUUGCGUUACAUGUUGAUGAUCUGUGCGUGGGAGGCAACAAGGCUUUCGAAGAGAAGGUGUUGGCACCACUUCGUGAAAUGUUUCCCUUCAAACACUGGAAGGAAGGUGAAGGUCAGUUUCUGGGCAAAUACUUGAAACAGGAGGCCGAUGGUGGAAUCCUCGUUACGCAAAAGGAAUAUGCUCAGGAAAUGAAGGGAAUUAGAGUGCUUGGAGGGUUGCAGUGGCUUGUCACGGGAAGCAGACCAGAUCUUGCGGCAUGGAGUUCCCUGCUGCAGCAACGUGUGAACUGUGCUGUUGUGAAUGAUCUGAUUGAGCUGAACAAGCUUGUGAGCAUGGCACAUGACGGUCGUGAGGCUCAUAUCUGGAUCAAAUCGAUCCCUGUAGAUCAGGUUCAGUUUUGUGUACUUACGGAUGCAGCAUGGGCCAAUGGCAAGGACUGUUGUAGUCAGGCAGGCUACAUGGUGGCAGCCUGUGAUCAUCGGUUACCUGCCGGUGAAUGGGGCGAAUUCUCAGUGAUGCGCUGGAAAUCCUACAAACAGGACCGGCAAACGCAUUCGACUUUGGGUGCAGAGCUGCUUUCCUUGUCUCGAGGGCUGGCUGAAGCUCGCUGGAUACGGUCAAUGUGGUGCGAAGCUACAUGUGCGGAGUAUGAGCUGCAAAACGACUUCGAGUGGAGUACGCGUAUUCCCAUCACUGCUGUUAUUGACUGUAAACCUGUGUAUGAUCAUGCUCAAAGUGCUACUGUGGCAAUCAAGGAUAAGCGCAUGGCGAUCGAGAUGUUGCUGCUCAAGGAAGACAUCGGACGUUUCAAUGUGCAGCUGAAGUGGAUGGCUACGAAGCAAAUGAUAGUGGAUGUACUGACGAAGAAAGGGGCCCCGAUGAAUCUGUUUCGAAAGGUUGUUAGGGACGGUUGGUUCAUACUGGUGGAAGAUGAAGCAGUGGUUCAGGUGUCUUCAAAGAAGAUACCGGCGUCUGGACAUGUUAUUCCCGGGGUGUGA